CAGCUCUGAUCAUUCUUCUUAGGAAUAAGUCAGAGGACAGGUACUUCUCUCUCCAGCUGACACACUCAGGGAGCUCUCUACACUAUCUGGUCUUGUACAACCUGCUGUUUAGCUUGAGGGACACGGUGGUAUCUUAAACAGAACUCUUAAAGGCAGUUUGGUGAAAAAGCCGGAAGACCUGGAUCUAUUCACAAACAGUAUACAAGUCCAGGUGUAGGUGCUAAGUGGUUUCAUCACUAAAAUACAUAAGAUGUCUCUUCUGAAGGAGCGAAAGCCUAAAAAACCUCACUACAUUCCUAGACCUCCAGGAAAACCAUUCAAAUACAAGUGUUUCCAGUGUCCUUUCACCUGCAAUGAGAAAUCCCAUCUAUUUAACCACAUGAAGUAUGGCCUUUGCAAAAACUCCAUUACAUUAGUAACAGAGCAAGACCGGGCCGUCAAGAGUCCAAAGUCAAACUCUCUGGAGCCAAAGCAACCAAACACUGAGGGGUUUGUGAAAGUUACAUCUAUAAUCACAAACAGACACAUGAUAGCAGAUUCAAAUUCUCAGCAUGAAAUAACUAAAGACGAUCUGAAAGAGAACGUAGAUAUUAAAAAUAAGGAGGUGACAUCUCACCUAGAAAAGUCAGUGAACCAUAGAGAAGUAGCUUUACCUUCACCGCCAGGACACAGCCCGGUCCGUAAACCAGCAAUCAACGAUGGUAUUUUAAGGCCUUCGGCUUUCAUCCCUGUUGGCGAACAUAGGUAUCUGAAGCCAAUGGAGAGCAGUCGCAUAACAGAAAUGAUGCCUCAUGUGGAUUCUGUGAAGGCAGUACAAAGUGUGGGAUCUGCUUUCCAUAGUAUACAAAGCAUGUGGAAAACAGGACUGGUUCCACCAGAGAUCAGCCAAAAAGCAACAAUUCCCCGUUACAUCCGUCCAAUGAUACCAGAAUAUGCAGCUCCGUUUUAUUCUGAGCCAGGAGUAACAACAGUCUACUCACCAUAUAUGUGUGACAAUCCAAUGCUAUCAGUUUACAGUGCUCCAGACCAGAGACUCUUUCGUCCACACCCCAUCCAAACUACAGGACUGUCUCUACCAAAACCAAUAAACCCAUCAUUUGAUUAUAGACUUCUACACCAAUUCCAGCAAAACCCCCCAAUUCCUUAUGGGUUUUACAGAUCUGCAGAACAUUCCUUUUUACCUUAUGGUUUGAAGAUGCCACAUGAUCCUAGCUUAACCAAAGACCACACUGCUCACACAAUCGACAAUACACCUUUUGUCUAUCAGACUCCAAGCCCACCGCAUUGCUAUACUGAGGAAAAGCAGGUUGAAGGUCAAAAAGACACCUCGCUGAGUCAAGCUAAAAACACUAACCAUAAAAAUGAAGGAGAGUGUGUGAAAAUGAGUCCACGAGCUGGCAGUGCUGCUACUGGGUCCCCUGGCCGACCAAGCCCAACCAACUUCACCCAGAACAGUCAAAGCAUUGAAGAAAUCUUUGAUCUUUCUAGCAAAUCUACCUCAACAACAGGAACAGUGGAUAAUUCAGGGCAACACUUCCAAACUUUUAAGCUAAUGCAAAACAGCACAGAUUUCCAAACAUCACUGAGCAGAGGAAAUUCUCCGAGUGUGGGGAAUGAAGAAGUCUUGUCCAGCGCAGGUAAUUUCACUACUGACCAUGACGCAAUGUCCAGCUGCGAAGACAACUCUACAGUUGCUCCUCUUAAUCUUUCAAAGAAACCCGAGUUGGAAAUCGGAAUUAGUGCUAAACACAGUAUUGUUUCUACAGUGCAACCCGUUGGCUUUAUCGAGAUGCAGGAAAUGCCUCUAAACCUAUCUGUCAAAGACUCCAGUAAGAAAGACUCAACAAUGCUUAACAGUGAAGGCUCACAGUCUCCAAACCAAGGCUUAUUUUCACUUAGCUAUUUGCUCAAGCCAACCAAGGACACAGCCAAAACUUUUGAUGCAAAAACACUAAUUGAGAACUGUGAUGAGCAAAAACAAUCUGCUGCCGUAGCUCUUUGCCAGUUGGCAACCUACAGCCCUGGUCCGGCAGCACGAGCGAGCGAGGAUGACAGCUCAGAAAAACAAAGCACUGCAUUAGAGCAGGUUGAAACCAGCCUUCCUGAUGCCCAAAGGACAGGAAGCCAGUCAAAACAGAGGGGGCAGAAAAGAGCCAACACCAAAGAGACAGGAAAAGUAAACAGCAUAAAUAAAAAAGCUAAAACAGCCACUUCUGGCAGAGUGUUCACACUGAGGAAACGGCAAAGGGUGCCUUAGGGGAAAAUUCAAUCAUACUCGGUAAUUUACCAGCAAGAAAAAAAAAGUGGUAGCCUUGGGCGUUAAUGCCCAGGGCUAUUCAAUUACAGCCCUCUUUUCUUGCCUGAUAAAUUAGCCUCUUAUCGGGUGUUAACACAUAGAAUCUGGGAUAAGUUCUUGGACCUGUGUGUUAACAGGUAUGCAGCACCCCCAAACCAGGCUAUUUAUCGUGGAUUUCUAUUUGGGUCUGCUAAGACCCAAAAAGAAAUAUCCGUUAACUGCAGUCAGGGGAUGCGGUCAACAUCCCGCUGGACGGGAUCCCGGCGGUCGAAAUACCGACGCCGGAAUCCCGACCGCCACAAUCCCGACAUAUUCUCCCUCUGUGGGUGUCCACGACACCCAUAGAGGGAGAAUAUAAUAGUGUGCCGAGCGUAGCGAGCCCGCAAGGGGCUGCGUUCCGCUCGCCACCCCUGUCGGGAUUGUGUGGUCGGGAUUCCGUCGUCAGUAUUUCGACCGCCGGGAUCCCGUCUAGCGGGAUUACGUACUGAUCCCGCAGUCAGGGCUAAUUAAACAGCCCCGGAGGAUCAAUUAGCCCAUGGUAAAAUACCAAAGCUAAUUCAAUUCCCCACUCAGACUGAUAUUUCUUCUGUCAUCCAGAAAAUGCAUGGAUUCAUAACACAUAUCUCCAAGAAAGAGAGACGUUUAACCUCCGUGUCUGCAUUCAAAGUGGUCAAGCACCAUGAGGUUUUUUAAAUUAUUCAUUUGUACAGUUAUAUACUUAUUGAUGACAGAAGGCAAUAUUUAAUUAAAAGCUAACAUUUAGCUGAAUAAUAAUUAAAAAAUAAAAGUAAACUCAAGUACUGUGUCCACUGAACAGGAUACAGAUCAUGAUUUACAUAUUAUAUUUAUAUUGGUAAUAUUUAUUUUUGUAUAAAACAGCACUGCAGGGUAAGGGUUUUAUGUAAACUUCAUGCAUUGUACAAAGUAAAGAUGGCCUAUUUUCUGUAGCAAUGAAUGUGCAUUUUAAUACUUCCAUGUACCACCACCGUCUGCUAGCUUUCAGCACAAAACUGAAAAUCAAUAAAAAUUAAAUAUUUGAA